AUGAUCCUCACCGGUUUAGCACUCGCCGGUACGGCCGUGGUGCUAAUGGUUAUGACGCCGGUUUUUGUAGUUCUUAGCCCGAUCCUCGUAACGGCGGUUAUCACUUCGAGUUUCUUGGUCACAGGGUUCUUAGCUUCUGGUAGGCUUGGAGCAUCGGUGAUCGCCCUCUUCGUCUGGCUCUACAAGGAAUUAAUUAAGAAACAAGAUCAGUACUCUAGAUCUAUUAUGCAUGCGCGAUUUCGACCUAACGAGGAUAAAAGUUCCAAGCCGUCGAGAGGAGAUAAACCUCCCGAGGAAGUCAGGCCGCCGGAAAGAAAUAAGACGGCGGAGGAAAUUAAGCCUUCCGGAAGAGACAAGGCGGAGGAGUACAAGUUGUCAGAGAAAGAUAAACUGUCGGAAGGAGAUCAUAAUCUGGCGGAGGGAGAUAUAUCACUAGGAGAAGUCAUCAAGCAUGUGGAGGAAAGGCCAUUAAUCCCUGAGAUAUCAAAGGUUUUACUAAUGGAGCAAAAUUCAAUUGGCUCCAACCGCUGCGAUCCAGGUACGUUGAAAAGAUCUCAUCGACUUCGUUUCGCCAUGGAUUCUGCCAAGGUGCAGUCUAUUUUUAUGAAAGAGUACCAAAAAGUCCCUCGUGUCGGAGCUUUAGCAUAUAAAUAUUUAACAUCGCGCGACAAAAACUACAUAAACCAUUUUCAUAUAGGACAUCUAUCCAAACAACUAUAG